ACUGGCUCUUGCGUCUCUGACAGUCGAGUGUCGAGUGCUAUCCUUACUCCCGCGCAAUCCAUCGCGCCAUGGCUGUCUCCUCUCCGCCGCCGCCUCGCUUCCGCCUCUCCCUCCGCCUCCAAAACCCCACUCCGCAUCCGUCGCCUAGCCACAGCAAGCCCCGCCCCGCCCCGACCACCGAGACGCUCCGCCGCCGCCUCCUCCGCCGGGGCGUCUCCCCGACCCCCAAGAUCCUCCACGCCCUCCGCAAGAAGGAGGCGCUCAAGGCCCUCCGGCGUGCCAGGAAGGACACCGAGGCCGCCGCCGCCGCCGCAGCAGCAGCAGCACUAGACCCGGGCGACGGGCCCAUUGCGGUGGUGGAGGAGGAUGAGGACGAAGCCCGCUUCCGUGCGGCCGCCGCGGAGUACCGCGCGCUCGUGGGGCGGCCCUGGGACGGCGCCGCCCACGGCGUGGCGCCCCUGCGCGGUGGCGACGGGGUGGAGGAGGGGCUAGAGGGUCUGAGGGAGAUGCUCGUGGCGAGGAGGGGCGACGGGUUCCGUUGGCUACUGGACGACGACAUUGAGCCCGAGGCAGCGGAGCGGAAGCAGCAGAAGCGUCACGGCACCGGCUGGGAUGCGGAGGCUGGGGAUGAGGAGAAGAGGAUUCAGUUGCUCGUCAGCAGGCUGAACGAAGAUUCCUUAAGUUUCCAUGAUUGGAGGCUUACUAGAAUGAUGAAAAAAGCUGACCUCAUAUACAAUGAAGAUAAUCUACUAAGAAUACUAGAUGGGCUUGAGGCAAGAGGUAACUGGAGGCAGGCUCUAGCUGUUACUGAGUGGGUGUAUAAUGAAAAUAGCUACAAGCAUCGGAGAAGCAGAUUUGUAUAUACAAAAUUACUCUCAAUCCUUGGGAAAUCGUUGAGGGCAACUGAAGCACUUCGAGUUUUCACCAUCAUGCGGGGAGAUGCUCAGAUUUACCCUGAUAUGGCUGCAUACCAUAGCAUUGCUGUUACACUUGGUCGAGCUGGUCUUGUGAAGGAGUUAAUCAAGAUUAUUGAGUUUUUGAGAAAGAAACCCUCAAAGAGAGUAAUGAAGAUGCGGCGCAAAGAUUGGGAUCCUUCCUUGGAGCCAGAUGUACUCGUUUAUAACUCGGUACUUAAUGCUUGUGUUCUAUCGCAGCAGUGGAAAGGGGUAUUUUGGGUGUUUCAACAAAUGAGAAUUAGUGGUUUACCACCUACAGGAGCAACAUUUGGAUUGGCCAUGGAAGUCAUGCUCAAAGCCAAGAAAUAUGAGUUUGUCCAGAAGUUCUAUGAGAAGAUGCAGAAAAAUGGGGUACCUCCAAGAGCAAUAACUUACAAAGUGCUUGUAAGAGCUUUCUGGGAACAGGGUAAAAUUAAUGAAGCAGUUGAAGCAGUCAAUGACAUGGAACAAAGAGGAGUUGUUGGAGCUGCAAGUGUUUAUUAUGAACUAGCUUGCUGUCUCUGCAAUAAUGGAAGGUGGAGAGAUGCUAUGUUACAGGUUGACAAGCUGAAACAGCUUCCCCUCACCAAACCUCUGGAGUACACAUUUACUGGAAUGAUCUUGGCCUCAUUUGAUGGUGGAUAUAUCUAUGAAUGUAUUUCAAUAUUCGAAUCAAUGAAGGAGUACUGCACACCAAAUAUUGGGACUGUAAAUGUCAUGUUAAAAGUUUAUGGACGUUGUGAUAUGUUUGGGAAGGCAAAGGACUUGUUUGAAACAACCAAGGCUUAUUUCUCAAAUUCUCAGACAUAUGUCCAUGAGCAUUCAUCACUUACAGCGGACGCAUAUACAUACAGCUCUAUGCUUGAAGCAUCUGCUUCGGCCCAACAAUGGGAAUACUUUGAAUAUGUGUACAGAGAGAUGGCUCUGUCCCAUCACCAUCUAGAUCAAAGCAAAUAUUCAUGGUUGCUCAUCAAGGCAUGUAGAGCUGGAAAGUCAUAUUUGCUGGAGCAUGCACUUGACUCAGUACUUGAAAGAGGAGAAAUCCCUGAUGUACGGUUGAUUGUUGAAUUGAUAUGCCAGUCUAUUGCUCAAAGCGAUUAUGGAAGGGUUCUGCAACUCUUGAAUGUUAUGACUGAGGCUUCGAUCAAGAUCAAUGAAGGGGAGUGGGCUAACAUACUACAGCAAAAUGUGCAUCAAUUUAGCAUUGAUGCUCUUCAGGACCUUACAGAUUACCUCAGUACCAGUGGUACUACCAAAGCAGAUCCUGUACAUAGUUUAGUAAGAGCACUGCAGUCGCAAUGUGAGACAACAUCAAUGAAGGACACAUAUUUGCUGGUUGAUGGUGGUACCAAUACUCAACAGUGUGCACGCUCAUUGCUACAGAAUGAAGGCGAAAAUUCAAGUAGCGAUCUGGCAGAACAGGAUCAGCUCACUGACACUUGCAAGAACUUGUGCACUAACAAACUUAUCGAUGUCCCUGAUUCCAAUAGAGAUAUCCCUCAAUUAGGUGUUGCUGCUGUCAUGAGCAGGGCCACUUCAUUAAGCCGCCCACGCUUGGAAGACAUACAUGGGCAAUGUGAUCUUGGGCAUUGGGGUACACAGGUAUCUGCAAUUGAUGAAGUACUUGAUUCCAUGAGUUCUUAUGGUGCCAGUUCAUACAGAGAGAUGCCAUCAGCAUCAGAAAUUCUUGAAUUAUGGGAGCAGGAGAGGAUAAAUGACAUGUUUGAUCCUAAAGCAGAAAGCGGGACCAAUCUUUAACAGGAUUAUAAAAUGCUGGCAGAUAUUAUUUGAUAUGGGCAGUGGAAUUCUUGCUUCAAUUACUGGCGGUUGCUGGAAGGUUGGAGUCCCUAAGUUUGUUCAUGUAACUCUGGCUGCAAUCUUAUUGCCUGAAUCAUCAUCAGGAGUAUUCUAUUUAGGGGUUGUUUGGAUACCUGGAUUAAACUUUAGUCCCCGUCGCAUCGGACGUUUGGACGCUAAUUAGGAGUAUUAAAUAUAGGCUAUUUACAAAACUAGUUGCAUAAAUGGAGACUAAUUCGUGAGACGAAUCCAUUAAGCUAAUUAGUGUAUGAUUUGGCAACGUUAUGCUACAAUAAAUAUAUGCUAAUAAUGAAUUAAUUAGGCUCAAUAUAUUCAUCUCGUGAAUUAAUCUCUAUUUAUGCAAUUAGUUUUAUCAUUAGCCUAUAUUUAAUAUAUCCAAACAUCUUAUGUGAGGUAAAAAUUUAGUCA